AUGAACUGGGACGAUUUCUCCUUCAACACUGCAGUAUUCAUCGCCGGAGUCUUUCUUCUCGAAUAUGGCGCAGACAAAUUCCUCGACCACACCGUGAUCGUGGGACGACGGCUAGGCAUUUCGCCUACCCUGAUCGCUCUCUUAACAGCGGGCGCUGAAUACGAAGAAGUACAAUUUGAGCUCCCCUCCGAUAAGUUGAUACCUGUCCUAAUCCACCCCCUAGCCCUGGGCAACGUGAUGGGAUCCGCGAUCUCCAAUAUCCUCGGUGCCUUUUCGUUAGGUCUUCUCUGUCAACCGCGCGGAACGGAGAUGGAAUUCGACAGGAGCGCAAAGAUCUAUUCGUUUCUACAGCUGGCCGUUACGACCGUGUUUGUGGCUUUGGCAUUCUUCGAUCUGCUUGGUAGGGUUACAGGUGGGAUACUUGUCGCGCUUUUUGUGCACUAUAUCGCGUCGGUUGGGUAUGCAAUCUAUAAAAGCGUCGCUGAGCCUCCUGAGUUGUCGGAUAGUGACAGCGACGCUGGCGACGAUGAAGCGCGCGCUGAUGAUCCCGAGAAUAAUUGGGAACCAGAACAAGGCGCGGCAGCUGAAGCUUCGGAAAACUCGCCUCUCUUGAUGAACACACACCCGCUUGCACAGGAAAUCGAUGCUGGAAGGAGUGCAAGACGACUUUAUUUCGAUCUUCUCCAGCUCUUUCAGGGUCUCGUGGCACUGGCCCUAGCUGGCUACAUCCUCGCGCACAGUGCUAGCUCCAUCGCGGACUCCCUCCGCCUCUCAGGCACAGUCUUCGGCCUAACAGUAAUCGCGUUUGCUACAACUCUACCAGAAAAGCUACUCUCGGUGCUUGGGGGUAUCCGUGGACAAGGAGGCAUUGUCGUUGCAACUACCGCAGGGAGCAAUAUCUUUCUGCUGACGCUGUGCGUUGGAGUUGUUGCUCUUGCAGGAGGUCUGAGCAAUGUAGAAGAAGACACAGAUAGCUACGUCUUUUUUGACCUGGCCAUGGUCUGGACGUCAGCGGCGUGCUUUACGGCGGUGAUCUUUUUCGGACCAAGCCGCUUUGCUGGGCUGGUUCUACUGGCUGCGUAUGUUGCGUUCUUGGGGUUUGAGUUUACGGUGUUCCGGCGUUGA